ACUUGUUGGACGGUUUAGUUGGUGGUCAACCAUCGAGAAAUCAUCAAGUUGGUGACAAUUAUUAUACCAAUAUAAAAUACCGUUUUUAAUUUUGGUUUGUUUAUUUUGGUUUCGUUGUUUUUUUCGACUUACAAAUGUGCAAAUAGUGAAAAUAAAAAAAAAUGUUGACAAUGAAAUAUAUAUUAUUAUUUUUUUUAAUAAAUAUAAAAUAUAUAUUUGCUGUUAUUGAUGAUAUUGAUGAUAUUGAUGACACCAUUGUUGUUGAAGCUGAAAUUUUACCAAAUAUUCGUGAUGAACGCGCAAUACCAUGGGCUGAAAAUUCAAAACCAAGUGGUUUUUGUUUAACAUCAAAAGGUGAAAAAGGUAAUUGUACAACAUUUAAACAAUGCUAUCCAUAUUUUAAAACACCAGAUCUUAGUGAUCUUGAUGGUUGGGUACUUGGUUUUUCAAGUACAUGUAGUUACACUGGUAACAAUGGAUUAGCAUUUGGUAUUUGUUGUCCAUCAGUAUCAUCAUCAUCAUCAAAACCAAUUGAAGAUCCAGUAAUUAUUGUUGAAGAACCACAGGAACCUGAAGAAUCAAAUAAAAAAGAAAUAAUUGGAAUAUCACAACAAGCAGUUGGACCUGGUUCUUGGCCACCACCAUUACCAACACAUUCACCAGAUAAUACAAUACCACCUCUACCAACACAUGCACCAUUUUCAACAAAACCACCAACUUUUAUAACAUCAAAACCAAUAACAAUAAUAUCAACAACAACAAAAAAAACAACAUCACCAACAACAACAUCAACAACAACUAAAAGACCAAUUUCAACAACUUGGCCAACUAAAAAACCUGGUUGGUGGCCUGGUGCAACAACACCAAAACCAGUAUAUACAAGUACAACAACAUCAUCAUUAUCAUCAUCAAUUGAUAUAUCUGAAUGUGGAGCUAAAAAUGGUGAUCAAGAUCAAGAAAGAAUUGUCGGUGGACAAAAUGCUGAUCCAGGUGAAUGGCCAUGGAUUGCUGCAUUAUUUAAUGCUGGUAGACAAGUAUGUGGUGGUUCACUUAUUGAUAAUGUACAUAUUUUAACAGCUGCUCAUUGUGUUGCACAUAUGAAUUCUUGGGAUGUUGCAAGACUUACUGUUCGUCUUGGUGAUUAUAAUAUCAAGACAAAUAAUGAAGUUGUACAUAUUGAAAAACGUGUUAGACGAGUUGUUAGACAUAAAGGUUUUGAUGUUAGAACACUUUAUAAUGAUGUUGCUGUAUUGACACUAAGUGAACCAGUACAAUUUACUGAACGUGUACGACCAAUAUGUUUACCAGCUGGUUCACAAUUGUAUCAUGGAAAGGUGGCAACAGUUAUUGGCUGGGGUUCAUUACGAGAGAGUGGACCUCAACCAGCAAUACUUCAAGAAGUUGCUAUACCAGUAUGGACAAAUUCUGAAUGUAAAGAAAAAUAUGGUACAGCUGCACCUGGUGGAAUUGUUGAUAGUUUUCUUUGUGCUGGAAGAGCAGCAAAAGAUUCAUGCUCAGGUGAUAGUGGUGGACCAUUGAUGGUCAAUGAUGGAAGAUGGACACAAGUUGGUAUUGUUAGUUGGGGAAUUGGUUGUGGUAAAGGUCAAUAUCCAGGUGUAUACACAAGAGUUACUCAUUUUAUUCCAUGGAUUUCAAAAAAUCUUAGAUAAACUACCGACCGUAGUUAAUAAUAUAAUGUAUGUAAAACAAAAAAAAAUCAUUAUUAUAUUAUUAUUUUAAUUAAUAAUAAUAAUUACAUUUAAAG